CGCUAGGGCCGCGGCGGCUGUGUGUCUGCGGUGCUCGGGUGCUUGCUGUGGUAAUUGCUUAAAUUCCAAGCUAUCUUGAAGAAUUUUGUCCAGACCUCAUAUUGACCACUGCAUACCUUGCAAGCUGAAGAGGAGAUGGAAGUUGAAAUCAAGCUAGAAGAUAUUAAUCCACACAUUACCUGCAAGAUUUGCAAAGGAUAUUUUGUGGAUGCCACAACUAUUACUGAAUGUCUUCACACAUUCUGCAAGAGCUGUCUAGUGAAGCACCUGGAAGAGCGGAACACCUGCCCAGAAUGCAGCAGCAUCAUCCACCAGUCCCACCCGCUGCAGUACAUCAGCUUUGAUAGGACCAUGCAGGACAUCGUCUUCAAGCUGGUCCCCAACAUACUGGAAGAUGAGAUGGAGCGCGAGCGGCUGUUUUACAAGACACGUGGCCUGCCCAACCCCAAGGACCAGACGGCGGCCGAGGACGAAGUCAAUGGUGUGGCCGAGGAGGCCGUCAAGGGCCAGGACUAUCACCGGCUGGACGAGCAGGUCAACAUUUCUCUAGCAUGUUCAAGUUCCAAACUGAGCAAGCUGAACCGUGAACACAUCCGCUGCUCUGCUCAAGCUACUAUCACGCACCUCAAGAAGUUUGUCGCUUUGAAGAUCCUCAACAGUAUGGACAAGUACAAAGAGAUCGACAUCUUCUGCAACGACGAGAUGCUGGGCAAGGACCACACGCUCAAGUUCGUGUUCGUCACGCGGUGGCGGUUCAAGGAGCCGCCCAUGCAGCUCAGCUACCAGCCGCGCGAGGACGUCUGACCGCGCCCGUGGACUGGGUGGACAUGUCAGCUGUGGACAUGUGGACGUGCGCUGCAGCCGCAGACUUCAGCCACGGACCUGCGCGAGCGAGCGUCGAUGGACGGCGCCUGUGGGCCGGAUGGCGCGUGACUGUCCGUGUGGACGCCCCUGUGGACCGGGUGGAAGCACGACCUCGGUUGUGGCGGCCGCGUCGCAGGUGGAGCGACCCCGAGCGCGCCGGAGGCCGCUGGCCCUCGGCGGGGGGACGCGGGGAGCGUGAGCAGCUGGGCACGGUGCUCAGAACCGGCUGUGAGUGGGACGCGCCGCCGGUCGGGCGAGCGUGCCGGCGCAGAGGCAGACUCGCCCUGCUGGGCCGGGCGUCAGGCGCAGUCGGCAACCCUGGAGAGCACCGCUCUACGCCAGCCAUCGUGCGGGGAGGUCUGUGACGCGGACGCUUCGCGCCCUGUCGGCAGGCGUCGGGGGGAGGGGGUUGUGGCGCCGAUGGUGGCCACGGUGACCCCCGUUCCCUGUGACGCGAUUUUUGAGUGAUUUUUUGUGUUUGUUUUCUGUCAGUGGACGUCACUGCCGCAACUCGUUGGGUUUGCUAUGCCUCAGGCGCCGUCCGAAGCUCGCGUUUGUCGUGUUGUGUCUGUCAUUCGUAGUGUAUUGAAGGCGAACACUGGUCCUGUUUUGUGCUCAUGAGACGCUCAGAUGUCGGUGUGUACCCUUUGACAGCGUCAUAAUGGCAGUUCGAUGCGUUUGGUGUCUGAUACUAUUCCUUGAUGCGUUCUGUACCCGUGGCAUUCAAAUAAAGCAUGGCAUGUUUG